AUGGAUCGCCGAGAAGAACUGGAAAAGAAGAGACUAAAGUUGGCGGAGCUGAGGAGGGCCCGCCUGGAGCGACGAGACGCCCUUAUGGCGCCUCAACCUACAAGGGCAAGUACCUCUACCCCAGGAAGUACGAGUUCUCGUCGUGACCUGGACGACCUUGUCGCCUCGCUUGUCGACCGACCAGCUACACCAACAUUGACCAUUGAUGGGAGCUCGGACGCAGGAUCCGACAGAGGGGCCACCUCCAGCUCUGCUGUCAUGUCGCCGCCUCCUUACCCUACUGAAUCUCAAGGAGGUCUUCCCCAUGGUGCUUUGCCAUUUGGAGGACGGCUGAUUCCAGAGUUCACCUCCGUCGAGGCUGUCAUUUUUGAUAUCCCUCCCAAGGAGCGAGUCGUUUACAACAAGGAGGUUCAGACUGUGGAGGGUUCAUUCGAGCCUCAGGGCCCUAGCGAAGAGGAACUUAGGGAGCAAAUCAAAGAGGAGUUUGCCAAGGAGGAGCAACUUCGAUUGGAAAUACUAGAGGCAGAACGUUUGGAGAACGAGGCAGUGGUCCCUCAGGAAGCACCUGAGCUGACUGACGAGGAGCGCAAGUCAAUUGUGCAAUCGGCCGAGUUUGUCGAUUUCAUUGACCACUCGUCCAAGAUUCUGGAGAGAGCCAUGACGGAGAAGUACGACUUUAUGAAGGAUUAUACCCUGGGCCUUGACGAUGACACUGAGGACCUCAACGGAAGCAGAAUGAGGCUCGUGAGCUCGUUCCAUGACGACAGAUGGUCCAAGAACAGAUCUGUCACGGAUGUGGGGUGGUCUACUAAGCACCCCGAGUUGCUUGUAUCAUCCUACAACAAGAACCCUUUGGCAGUCAACGAACCCGAUGGAAUUGUCUGCGUUUGGAACAUUCACUUGGCAGACCGUCCCGAGUUUGUCUUCCACUCGCAAUCGGAUGUUCUCACUGUGCGAUUCUCGGACUUCCACCCCAACCUUAUCAUCGGAGGCACCUACUCUGGACAGAUUCUUCUCUGGGACACUCGCGCAAAGUCCUUGCCCGUCCUGAAGACUCAUCUCUCUGUGGGUGGCCAUACCCAUCCAGUGUACGCCCUCGACAUGGUCGGCACUCAAAACGCUCACAACUUGGUCAGUGUCAGUACGGAUGGAACCAUGUGCUCAUGGCAGCUGGAUAUGUUGGCACAGCCUCAGGAAACUCUGGCGUUGGACAAUCCUUCCCACCCUACGACUGAUGAGGUUGCUGUCACGACCCUUGGGUUCCCUGAUGGUGAGACCAAUGCCUUCUGGGUCGGCACUGAAGAAGGAAAUGUCUACCAGGCAAACCGAUAUGGACGGGCCCAAAGCAAAGCUGGAAUCAACACUGCCUACUCGUACAAGGGACAUUUUGGACCUAUUACAGGACUUCACUUCCACCCACUGUUCGGACCUAUGGACUUUUCCGACCUGUACCUGACCAGUUCGGUUGACUGGACUGUCAAGUUGUGGAGAAAGCGGACUCACCCUAAGCUACCCACACCUGACAAUGCAGUUGUUCAUCCACUAUACUCGUUCGAGACUGCGGAUGACUAUGUCUAUGAUGUCAAGUGGUCUCCUACACACCCUGCGAUCUUUGGAACUGUAGAGGGCAGCGGCAAGUUUGAGGUUUGGAACCUGAACCUUGAUACCGAAGUCCCUGUGAUGAGCACAGUUGUUGGGGCCGGAAAGGCAUUAAACAAGCUGAGCUGGAGUAAGGAUGGCCGCCAUGCUGCUAUCGGUUCGAGCGACGGACAUGUCUAUGUCUAUGACAUUGGCGAGAUGGCUACGCCGCGCGCUGAGGACUGGAAUGUCCUGCAGAGGACGGUGAACGAGAUGAUAUCCACCCAAACCCACGGCAACACCCUUGGCAACGACUACUAG